AUGAGACCACACCACACCAGACCAGGACGAGACCACACCAGACCAGGACGAGACCACACCAGACCAGACCAGGACGAGACCACACCAGACCAGACCAGGACGAGACCACACCACACCAGACCAGGACGAGACCACACCAGACCAGACCAGGACGAGACCACACCAGACCAGACCAGGACGAGACCACACCAGACCAGGACGAGACCACACCACACCAGACCAGGACGAGACCACACCACACCAGACCAGGACGAGACCACACCAGACCAGGAUGAGACCACACCACACCAGACCAGACCAGGACGAGACCACACCACACCAGACCAGGACGAGACCACACCAGACCAGGAUGAGACCACACCACACCAGACCAGGACGAGACCACACCACACCAGGAAGAGGCCAAACCCGGACCAGGACGAGACCAGACCGGACCAGGACGAGACCAGACCGGACCAGGACGAGACCUCACCGGACCAAGAAGAGGCCAAACCAGACCAAACCAGACCAGCCUGUGCUACAUUUACAUGUUACAAGCAGCAGUUUCUUCCACAGUGA